UGGUGAACUUCACAGCACUUCAUAGCAUUCUCGCGACCCACGGAUCGAGCCAGAGUUUUGCUUCGACUUGUGAGAUGGCGCCAGUUGCACCUGAAGUCGCUGUGUCGGAGCUGCGGGAGAGCUUGGCUCAAAUCGAAGAUAAGAUCGUCUGCAGCACGGAUGACCGAUUCUUGUUGAGUUUCCUCCGUUACAGGAAGUUUGACGUCAAAGCAGCGUUCGCCUCUGUGAUGAAGUACUAUGGACUUCGUAAAGAGUUCCCUGAGAAGAUUUGGCCCCGUGGAAGAGGUAUCCAGUGGAUGGAAGCUUACGCAGCCCUAAAUAACUGUUCCGUGCUUCCGAGGAAGAACCCGCGGGACAACACCUGGAUCUUCGCGUGGCGGAAGGGUCUCUGGAAGCCCGAGGAGGGCGUGUACGAUCUGGCGGAUUAUUUCGCGUGGAGCCUCUAUAUGACGGAGUAUUUCCUCUACAUGAAGGAAGACGUCGAAGACUCCGACGGUUGGACAUGCAUCAUGGAUUUAGCGGGGUUUGAAGCGCGCCAUCUACCGUAUUGCGACUUGCGUGCCGUCCGGACGUAUGCGCGUAUUCUAACAGGAGCUCUCCCAGUCAGAGUCAAAGCCAUCCACUUCGUGAAUGUGCCGACUGUGUUUCAGUUCGUGUUGAAAUUGGUGAAGUAUCUCCUGACCAAUAAGCUGAGAAGUCGCUUCUUCGUGGACGACUCAUUCUCGAACCUCCAUCAGAGAGUCGAUCCAGAUGUCCUGCCGGUGGAGUAUGGUGGAUGCGAUGGAAACUUCAGCUCGAGAUGGCUCUACGAGGAAAUGCUACACCACGAUAAAGAAAUCAAGGAACGUAGUUAUUACGGCUUCAAAUAG